AUGCUUCUACUCAAGGACGAAGCUGCACCCUCCACACAAUCGCCCACCGAGCCGGCGGAACCAAGCGGCGCGACCAACGAGCAGCCAGAGGUUUCCACCGCUGCGAACAACUACCGCGCCGCUCUAUUGCGCUGGUCCGAAGUAGCCCACCCUUACGAGACCUCGAGGGAGCGCUAUGGUCGCAUAAGGGGAGAGUUGCAGGAGCGGAUGCACAGGGCCGGGCUCACGGGGCCCAUCGACGACCAUGCGGUCACGGUAGAGAUGAGACGAGAGGAUGCCCUGCGCGCUGAACGGUCGAGAGAGGAGAGAGAGAGGCACCGCGAGCUCAGGGAGGUGCAGGAGAGACGCCGCGAGCUCUGUCAGCAAACGAGUGGUCCUGAGCACGGUAUGCGAGACUACCGCGAAGCGCUGCUUAGCACGAUUAUGCACCGGCCGCUGCCAGAGGCGUGGCGGGACGGCCAAUGGGCAAUGCAGAGCCUCACGCAGACACAAACUCUCACACUCGACGAGUUUGAACAGAUGUAUUCGCCGGUUCAACAAUGA